CUCACAUGCUCGCAGAGAUGCUGGGACUGCAUCCUGCAUCCUUCUGCUUUUCCAGACCUGAGACUUCGCACACUGCUGUAUGCCCUGAGAAGUCUCAGUGAGGUCAAGACAGCCCCAGACAAGUAAACAGGGGCUGCUCAACCCCAAUGUUGAGGAAGCAGAAGACCAAAUUUUGUUUCCUGAGACACGAUGCCUCUGACUGCUCCCUACAAGAGCUGCAGCUGCGCACAGUUACACACCUGUGAGCAGCAGCUCCCACGUCCAGUCAGUCAGUCUGGGUUUGAGGUCGAAUCGAGACCAUGAAGUGCCUGCUGCUUCUCGCCUUUAUUGGGGUGGCUGUUGCCUUCCCCACCUUUGCUGAAGACGAUGAUGACAAGAUUGUGGGAGGCUACACCUGCGCACAGAACUCUGUGCCCUAUCAGGUGUCCCUGAAUUCUGGAUAUCACUUCUGUGGAGGUUCCCUCAUCAGCAGCCAGUGGGUCGUGUCAGCUGCUCACUGCUACAAAUCUCGCAUCCAAGUGCAGCUGGGGAAACACAACCUGGGGCUCACUGAAUCCACACAGCAGUUUAUCAACUCUGCUAAAGUCAUCCGGCACUCUGGCUACAGCUCCUACACCCUGGACAACGACAUCAUGCUCAUCAAGCUGGCCAGCCCAGCCAAGCUCAGCAAAGCUAUCCAGGCCAUUGCUCUGCCUACCAGCUGCGUGGCCGCCGGCACCACCUGCCUGAUCUCCGGCUGGGGCAACACUCUCAGCAGUGGCUCUAACUACCCGGAUGAGCUGCAGUGCCUGAAGGCUCCUGUCCUCACUGACCAGCAGUGCUCUGAUUCCUACCCUGGGCAAAUUACCAAGAACAUGAUGUGUGUCGGAUACGUGGAGGGAGGAAAAGACUCCUGCCAGUGUUAGCCCUGGAACAGUCUCCAGACAUGGUGAUCAAAGAAGGCCAGUCUGUGAAUCUGGAAUGUUCCAACAAGAAAUCCUCCAGCACAGCUAUUUACUGGUUCAUGCUGCCUUCAGAGAAGAAUUCCAGUCUAACUCUACUGGCAUCUGCAAUACAGGGUAGUAAUGCAGCAGUGGAGAAGGGUUUUGAGAACCAUUUCAAGAGCAGCAAGAUAAAAGGAGACAGUAUCACCCUCUCAAUAGAACACACCUUUCUCAAUGACUCUGGCACAUACUACUGUGCUGAGAGUGAUCACAGUGGUGAGACUGCUGAGGGAGCUGAGCACAAACCAGUCCCUGCACAAACAGGACCUGCUUUCCAUUUGUGGCUGCUGCACGAGGCAGGGUGAUCACUUCUCACUCAUUUGGUGCUCUGCUUCCUGGCCUUGCCUUCCUCCUCUUCUCAGAUGCUGACAGUUUAUUUCUCCAGCCUUCUCUCCUUGCUGCUCCAGGCCUCCCUCGGCAUUUCAGUCUUAUUUGCACUACAUUUGCUUCUGUCAGCCCUUCUUCUCUCUGUCUCCCUUCCCUUCCCUUCCCUAGCUUUUUUUUUCUGUCUUCAAUCUGCACUCCAUUGUCCUCCUCUUACUUAACUCCAGUCAACCCUGCUCAUACUUCUAACUGUGAAAUGGAGGAAGUGCUUGUGGGGGAAGUUCUUGGUGCACCUGUGCAUGAAGGCAAGGCCUGGCAGGUGUGGCAGUAGCCAGCACCGUGUGGCAGCUGCCCACAUGCUCCUCUGUUCCAGCGCCUUGUCUGUGGUUGUUCUGUGGUCAAGCAAUAGGAACAGCAGAGCACAAGCCUGUGCUUGCUCUGGUAAAGUGUUCAGUGGAUCCCUAAGUCCUUCAUGUAGAGUGGUGUCUGGGGCAGGAUCCACCUGCCUUCCAGCCCUUGAUCCACAUACAGUUUAUCUUCAGCAAAUGGAGGAUAAAAAUUACAGGUUACAUUAGCAAGCUGAGCAGAUAACAGGAAUUUCCCACAGGUUACAGUAUUCUAUACAUCAGAGACUCAGAUGAAGGGUAAAGAGUGUCCUUAUAAAGUUCUCUGAUAACACCCAGUUAGGAGGAGUUUCUGAUACCUGAGAAGGCCAUGCAGCCCUUCAGAUGGGCCUUGACAGGUUAGAGGGAUGGGCAGAGGGGGAUAUUCUGGAAUUCAAGAAAAGCAAAUGCAGGAUUUUAUGUAUUUUACGUAUUUUAAAAUACGUAAUGAACCAGCACAGGCUGGCGUCUGAUCUGAUGGUGAACAGCUCUUCAGAAAAGGACCUGGGUCUUGGUGGACAAGAAGGUCUCUGUGAGUCAGCAAUUUCUCCUGGUGGCCAAGAAACCAGUGGUGUCCUGGGAUGCAUUAGAAAGAGCAUUGCUGGGAUGCAUUGCCAUCAGGGGGAAGAAGGUCGGGCUCCACUCAGUGGAGUCUGCAGUGCUGUGUCCUGUUCUGGGCUCUCUGGUGCAAGAGAGACAUGGAGCUCAUGCAGAAUGUCCAGGACAGGAGAUGAAAGGUGUUUAGUAGAGUGGAGCAUCUCUUUAGAGAACAAAGCCUGAGGGAGCUGGGCAUGUUCUACCUUGAGAAGAAACAACUCAGUGGCCAACUCAUCAAUGUCUACAAGUACUUGUAAGAAGGGUUCCUAGUGGUGGAUCCAGGUUCUUCACUGUGAUGCCAAGCACGAGGACAAGCAGCAAAGGGCAGAAAAUUAUGCACUGGUAGUUCCAUCUGCAUCUGCGAUAAGAACUCUGCACAUUUGAAGACAGUUCAAUGCAGCAGAUUGCCCAAAGGUGUUGUGGAGCCUCUCUCUCUGGAGAUAUCCCAGAACCAUCUGGAUACAGCUAUGUGCCAUUUGCUCUGGGAUGACUCUGCUGGAGCACGGAGGUUGGAGCAGUGACCCCCUGAGGUCCCUUCUUGGCUGGCCCAUCCCAUGAUUCUGUCCUGCAUAACACACACCCCUGCACAGCACAGGCCUGCUCAGGGCACUCCAGGUGCUUCCCAUCCUGCACAUUCCAAUGCUAACAUCCAAGCUUCCCAGGAUCUAAACAAAGGGCCCCACACAGCAGCCAUGCCUGUUCAACAUCACUGACUCCUCAAAUCCUGUGUCUUCUCCUGUGGAGACCCUGGGGGAGCAUUCCCUAGGGUCGUGAGACAGAAGAAGCUUCCCUCCAAAAGCUGUCAGAGCCCAUUGGCUCCUUCCCCUAUUCCUAUGUCUGUUCCUGUGUCCCUGAGCCGCUUGUCCCUAUUCUCUGAUUGACCAUCACCUUUGUACUGCCCCAAGACCAGGGUCAGCACCCAGGCCCCUGUAGAGAGACAGGGAGAGUCUCUGUGCUGGGGUGCUGGGACCUGAACAUCUCACCACGUGGCUAAAUAAACAUUUCUUGAUAUUA